ACGAGGUUGACCGUUUCCAUCACUAGACUGGGUUCAAUGUGUGAACAGUCAUUUGCGAGGAAUACAGGUGCUCUUGACCAAAAUUGGGCUUCUCGUGAAAAUAAGGACUUCGGGGGACCUGUUGGUAAAUAUCUUGCCAAAUGAACCAUCAUCUUUUGGAAGUGUUUUGUCUUUACGGAACUAGUUGGUUCUACAAUAUGUGUAAGGCCUGAAGAAGCGGAAUGAGGUCGAAUUGUACACACGAGAGCUACUUGAAUGCCCGCGUUUGGACAUCGGCAGUUUCUUUUAUCAUUUUGGCUUUUUUCAACCUGAUCAUUAACUGGACCAUAUUACGCGAGAAACGCCUCCGGAGCCACGCGCGCUUCGUCCUCGUGUUCCAUUUGUUAUUCUCCGCACUGGUGUACUUUGCAGUAUGUUUUACAUUCUACUUACAGAUGUACAUGAUUGCUGCAACCAGUGCACCAAUCUGCACGGUUCUUGUAGGACUCCUGAUGACAAGCGGUUCCAAUAUCAUCCUCACCAUCACAGCUAUGGCUCUGGACCGUUUUUACGCCAUAUGCCACCCACUUCAAUACAGCAAAGUUUGUUUCAAACCAUGGCCAUGGCUGAUUGGCAUCUUAACAUGGGGACUUGCGUCGAUCAUUCCUCUUAGCCUUUCCCCCCAGAUGAAAAACGGUACAGAAGGCCUACCGCAGUGUGGGAGGGAUGCACUACAAGGCGGAAAGACGCACAAGAUUAUUUUAAUAUCAGUUUGCACUUUUCUUAUUGUGUACAGCUAUGUGCGGAUCUUAUAUGAGGGCCGACGUUUAGGUGUGCUGAAUCGGCGCAACCGAGCUGCGUGCAGGACCAUUGGUUUACACGGCACGCAGCUCACAGUCUAUAUCCUCCCCAGUUUCAUACUCUUUUUUCUACAUAUUCUAAAAAGCAAAGAAAUAAUCGAGAGCAGCACAAAAGAGCUUUUUGCUGUCAUAAGUUUUGCCUUCUUCAGCUUGGCGCAGUGCAUCGCCCCGAUAGUCUAUGGACUGCGUAAAGAGGAACUUUUAGAACAUCUUAAUCAUCGGUUCCCGUGCCUGUCCGGCCGCUUGAAACGUAUUUUGGAGUGGACUGUCAACAUUACCCAUCCCAAACGGUUUCGCCAGCAAAGGGAGCGGAGAAUGACUUCAGAGACAUUGUUAUCAAGGGAGAUCUCUCAAACGACUGUGUGAUCAUCUUUGGAUUAACAAACCAGAACUGAUGUUAAUUUCUUAAAAUGGAACAUAGACUGAGAUAAUACCAGUGAAUCCAAUGUUUGUUUGUUUUUAUAUCGUUUGGAUGUCACAUAUCUGAAAACUUGAAUAACCUAAUUGUUACUCUUCAAGCGAUCGAUUAAUUAAUCUACAGCUCAGCAGUUGCUCUAUCAUCUGAUGUGUUCUUGAAUCACUCUCACCGAGUGUCAUCAAUGAUCAGUUGUGACAUCUGUAUUAACAGAAUUUGUAAAUAAUACCAAGAACCCAAAUUUAUUAUAAUGUAGACAAGAAAAAAAAAAACUCUGGGAAAUGCGUGUAUUAUGUGUUAUCUUACAAUACUGUGAAAGUACUAGGGAUGAAGCAUAGGGGAUGUUUUCCAAUAAAAGGUAGCUGUAACAAAUAUGCGGAAAUAUAGUAGCAAUUAUCUAGCAUAGACCCGAAUGCUUGUUUUUCGUAAAAGCAGAACCAAUCUCCUCUUUAGGAUCUUUGAUUUAGAUUGACUUAAACAGUAUUAUGUAUUGUCAGGAUGAAGUUCCUGUUUAGUCAAACUUGCACAUACAUAUGAGCUAAUAUAAUAAUAUAAAACCUGUACCAUGUGACUGUGAAACAUAAUUAAAUUAUGUCAUUAAUAUGAGAGCUUUGAAGGUUGUCUUUAAUUAGACCUUAUUAGUUGUGGCUAAAAUGUGCAGUUAUGCAGUGAAAGAUAUGCCAAUAUUUAAUGCUUUACUUCUUGUACCACAGCAUCCUGAGCUAAUCAAACAAUAAACUUUUUUAAUA